AUGGCCGCCCUCACGGUGCCGCUGCUGCUCCUGUUGCUGGGGAGCGGCACCGGGACCCCCCAAAACUGCCCCAAAAACCCCCAAACCUGCCCCAAAGCCUCACCCGGGACAGACCCCGAGAUUCUCCAAAGCUGCCCCGAAAAUUCCCCCGGGAACCUCGGAAUCAGCUCCGUGACAGACCCCGGGGAUGAGCAGCUCCUGGUGCUGACGGUGGCCACCGAAGCCACGGAUGGCUACCAGAGGUUCCUGCGCUCGGCCCAGACCUUCAACUACAGCGUCCAGACGCUGGGCCUGGGCCGAUCCUGGCGCGGGGGGGACGUGGCGCGCAGCCCCGGGGGGGGACAGAAGGUGCGAUGGCUGCGGGGGGCGCUGGCCCCUCUGCGGGGGAGGGGCGGCCUCGUCCUGCUCUUUGUCGACAGCUACGACGUGGUGUUCGCGGGGGGCCCCCAGGAGCUCCUGGCCAAGUUCCGGGCCUCGGGGGCCGGGGUCCUGUUUGCCGCCGAGGGUUUCUGCUGGCCCCAGGAGGGGCUGGCCCCGCUCUACCCGCCCUGCCCCCCCGGGGGGAAACCCUUCCUCAACUCCGGGGGGUUCGUGGGGUUCGCCCCGGCCCUGUGGGCUCUGGUGGAGCGUUGGAGAUUCAGGGACGACGACGACGAUCAAUUGUUCUACACCCACCUGUACCUGAACUCUGAGCUCAGGGAGGAGCUGGGGCUGGCCCUGGACCACCACUCCCAAAUCUUCCAGAACCUCAACGGUGCCCUGGACGAGGUCACGAUUCGCUUCGAGCCGGGCGGGAACCGAGUGAGGAACGAGAAGCGGGCCUGGCCCGUGGUGAUCCAUGGGAACGGCCCCACAAAGGUGGCCCUGAACUCUCUGGGCAAUUACGUGCCCCGGGGGUGGAGCCCGGGGGGCUGCGGGGACUGCGAGAGGGACCUGAGACCCCUGGGGGGGACCCCGGCUGAGGCCCUGCCCUGGGUCCUCAUUGGGGUUUUUGUGACCGAGCCCACCCCGUUCCUGCCCCAAUUCCUGCAGCGCCUGCGGGGCCUGAGCUACCCCCGGGAGAGGCUGGGGCUGUUCCUGCACAACGCCGUCCCCGGACACUCCCCCCAGCUCGAGGCUCUCUGGCCCCUCCUCCAGCGCCGCUUUAGCUCCGCCCACCGAGAGGGGGAGGGGCUGGGGGGAGGGGAGGCGAGAGACCUGGGCAUGUCUCUGUGCCGCCGGGACCCGCGCUGUGACCAUUACCUGAGCCUGGACGCUGACGUGACCCUGAGUGACCCCGGGGUGCUGCGGUCACUGCUGGAGCAGAACCGGCAGGUGCUGGCCCCGCUCCUGACCCGUCCCGGUCACCUCUGGUCCAACUUCUGGGGGGCUCUGGGCCCCGACGGCUUCUACGCCCGAGCACCUGAUUACCUGGAGAUCGUACAGGGACAGCGCAGGGGCGUAUGGAACGUGCCCUACAUCAGCCACGCCUACCUGGUGGGCGGGGCUGCACUGCGGGGGCCGCUGGGGGAGGGGCCGGUGUUUGACCACGCCCAUCUGGACCCCGACAUGGCGUUCUGUGCCCGGGCACGCGAGAAGGGGCUGUUCCUCCACGUCACAAACCGGCGCCACUUCGGCCACCUCGUGGUGACCAACGGCUACAACGGCACCGGGCGGCGGCACCCGGAGCUCUGGGAGAGGCUGAGGAACCCCUGGGAGUGGGACCAGCAGUACCUGCACCCGAACUACAGCCGCGUUCUCCAGGAGCACCUGUUCCAGCAGCCGUGUCCCGACGUGUUCCAGUUCCCGCUGUUCUCGGAGCAGUUCGCGCGGGAGCUGCGGGAGGAGGCGGAGCUUCGAGGGGGAUGGGCGGAGCACCACGAGGUGUACCGCGUGUCUCUCAGGUGUGUCCCUCACCUGUCCCAGGUGCUCUCGUGGGCGGUUCCCCUCUCGGCCCUGCAGUUGGAUCCCGUCCUGCAGGGGGCGCUGCGCCAGCUCCUCCCCCCCAUCGCCCGGCGCCUCUUCCCGGGAUACGCCCCCAAGGGCCGGACCGUACUGAGCUCCGUGGUUCGUUAUGACCCCGCCCCUUCCGGCCACGCCCACUCUGACCCCGCCCCCUCAGCCCCACCCCGGCCCUCGGCCACGAUCAGCCUGAGCGUGAGCCUGAGCCCCGCCCAGGGCGGGGGCUGGCGCUUCCCCAGGUACGAGUGCGGGGUCCCCGCGCCCCCCCCGGGCUGGGCCCUGCUGCACCCCGGGCGUCUGACACACCUGGCACAAGGUGUGCCCCCCUCGGGGAGCGCCCGCUACGGGCUGGCACUGCUGAUGGACCCGUGAUGGAGCCAAACUGGGAACACUGGGAGCACUGGGGACACUGGGGACAUGACAGACACCGCUACGGGCUGGCACUGCUGAUGGACCCGUGAUGGAGCCAAACUGGGAACACUGGGAGCACUGGGGACACUGGGGACAUCACAGACACCGCUAUGGGCUGGCACUGCUCCAGGACCCCUGAUGGAGCCAAACUGGGAGUA